UCCACAUUAUAUUGAUUGCGUAACAAUCUAAUAUAGUAUAGUAUAGCAUAAUAUGCCCAAUCCCACAUGGCCUUCCCAGUCAGCCCAGACAGCAGCUUUUUCUACAGAAGUCGGAUGAAAGAUCAAGAAAUCCCAUGUGGGCUUGCUGCAAGAACUUCUGUUUCUGCAGGUAUGGAGGUGAUUGAUGAUUCUUCUUGCGACUCCUCAACUUGUAAGCAUCAAGAAAUGGCGGAGGAGGAGCCUGGAGAUCUCCUUGACAAGUCUUGGUUUUUUGGGAACUUGCUUGACAGAAAAACAACCAGGAUGUGUAGAUGGUAUUCUGAUCCUUGUCCUUCCUCUGGCUUAGCUGAUGAAGAGAUUUUGGUUGGAAAAUCAUAUGAAGAAACCUUCUCAUCGUUAAACAAACUACCACAAGGGGAUGAGUUAACUCCUUCCGGGUUGAUGAGAGCGCCGUCCUUGCCAGAAGAAUCGACUUAUCAUGCAGGAGGAGGUACCUAUCCUGCGCGCAGGGGAAGCAAAUCAAGACUAGAGAAAUCGAGUAACAAUCUGUUUCGUGCACCUUCUCUUCCAACUUCUCUAGGAAGAGAAGAAACUCAAGAUGAAGAAAGUGAUUUUUCGAUGAGCAAGUUGAUUAGGCAAGCAUCUUUGAAUCAAUCAGGCCUGUUGCCCCCACGGCGGGUUCCGAUUCCGAAGGGUCUAACACAAAGUUCAAGCACACCUAGGCUGCGGCCGCGAAGAAAACCAGAUUCGGAAAGCUGCAAAACAGAGAGCCCCGAAGGGGUGAUGAUCAGAAGGCAACACCCCCUUAAUCAGGCCAAGUUAUCAAGAAGCUCGAGUGACCUUAUUGUAGAACUUCAAGGUCUUAAGGACUUGAGUAUCAAAUUUGACGACAAAGAUUUAGGUCCAAGUCUGCAAGAAAAGAAGCAGCAACAGUUUUGUCUAAAUGAAGGUAAGUUGAGGAAGUCCUAUACAGCUGAUCAGGCAUGGCAGCCUGAGAACCCUGCAUCUCCAAUGGGCAAGAGGUCGGCAGAAGAUAUGAAAGCACAGAUCAGAUUUUGGGCUAGAGCUGUAGCCUCGAAUGUGCGCCAGGAAUGCUGAUAACUAACCAUACAAUCAUACAUGUAUGCUGAUCAUCAUCUGUGCAACUUUAACUUGAGAAUAUGGGUUAGAUCCUUGGAUAGAAUCAUCGAUUUUGGUAAGACUCUGCAAUUUCUAUCAUAUAUUUACAAGAUUACUGCUGUAAUUGAUCUAAACACAUUCUUUGGGUUUGGGUUAAGAAGGAUUAAACUUUUGUCAUUUAUAGCAAUAAAUUCUGAUUCAAUCAAUCAAUCUUUAUGCUUAUGAUUGUUGCUGGGCAUUAUUGAUGUAUGAGAAGCUAUAUAAUAUAACUCAGCAUGUGAUGAGAGGAUUGCUUUCUUGACUUUUAAUUAAUGACCUGGAAACUGGCUGCCAUCCCUACAAAAUGGUAGAAAAAUUGUGAAUCAAACGAGCCAUGAUUGCCAAUGCCACCCACUUGUCUGGCUAAAUUUGCUCCCUUUUUCUGCGACAAAGGCAAUAAUUUGUCAAUUCAGUAGUUAUGAAAGAAAGUGGAUAAAGACAAAAUGACAAUUGCAAGUCCAAUUGCCAAUGAUCUGGCCCUUUUUUUUUUUUCUCUUCUCCUCUCUUUUUGUGUAGAUUCACAUUCUCUGUGUGUGGUUUGCUC